CUGUACCACUACUAUUUUUUUUUUAAUUUUUUCUCUUUUAUAGCUAUACAUACGCAUAAAAAUUGAAUCUUACAGUAUACCUAUAAUAAUAUACAUACCCUCUGGCUUCAUCACAGGCAACCAAGCUGUCUCUUGUUGGAUAUGUAGUUGGCUUGUUGGAAUCACUGAAGCACAGUCCCCUCCUUUAACUCUCCUAACCCAAACCCCAUCAUCACCCCAUUUUUUGCACCAAACCAAACUCAAAGCUGUGCCCAUAAACCCUAAAUUUUCUUUUUUGUUUCUGUUAAUCUUUCUGUCUGCAGCCAGCUUUUCUUUUCUGGUGAGAUAAUUACGCUCUUUUGCAUGAUUAAGUUUGGUUAAUAGGCAUAUUUAGUUAGUUUAUUAUUCUUUGGUAGGUAGAAUUUGUAAUCACCAACAGGUAGCUUAGCUUAGCUUCAAGAUUUGAAUGUUUGGUUUAGUUUAAAAAAAUAGUAGAUCAAGAGAGAAAAAUUAUUAGAGAUUUGAGCUUAAGAAUGGAAUUAAGAGGUCAAGAUACGUCAAGUUACAGUCAUCAAUCAACAGGUGUAGAAAGAAGAAGAGACGGGAAUCAUAACGGUAACACUAAUACUACUACUAUUCUCACUUACACCCAAACCCUAGAUCACCAUAGACAACCAAGAUCUCCCAACUCAGAUCGAUUUUCAACUAUUUCUAAAGGAUCCAACUCCAAAAUCAGGUACCGGGAGUGUCUCAGAAACCACGCGGCCAGCGUCGGCGGCAAUGUUUUCGACGGCUGCGGUGAGUUCAUGCCGGGCGGUGAAGAAGGUAGUCUCGAAGCUCUAAAAUGCGCAGCUUGUGAAUGCCACCGCAACUUCCACCGCAAGCAAGUGGACGGAGAAACUCAGUUUAGUCCCACUUCAAGAAGAGCUAAUGCUAUGGUUCAUAGUCUUCAAUUGCCACCGCCAUUGCCUUCUCCGACAGUGCUGCAUCACCAAAGAUAUUCCAUGGGGUUACACAGUAAUACCAGUCCCACAGCGGUUCCAAAUCUUGUUCAGCCCAUGACGGUGGCUUAUGGAGGCGGAGGCACCGAGUCAUCAAGUGAAGAUCUUAACGGUUUCCAAUCUAAUGCUGACGGAGUACCGCCUCCACCUCCUUAUGUUUUAUCAAAGAAAAGGUUCAGGACAAAAUUUAGUCAAGAUCAGAAGAUUAAAAUGAUGGAGUUUGCAGAGAAAGUUGGGUGGAGGAUUAACAAGCAAGAUGAAGAAGAAGUAAACAAAUUUUGCGCAGAAGUUGGAGUUAGAAGACAAGUUUUCAAAGUGUGGAUGCAUAAUAACAAGACUGUAAGAAGAAAUCUGCAGGAGCAUGAGCACGAGCACGGGCAUGAGCAAGAACCGCAAGAGCCGCUCUAAUCAAGAAAAUUAAGAACCUUAAUCCUUUCUUUAAAGACGACAUGAUUGGUUCAGGCAUGUAGAUAUAUGGUUAUUAUUAAACUUGUAGGUGAUGAUGAUCAUUAGGAAGAGAUUUAUAAAAGAAGAGAUGGAAUUAGCAAGGUUCUUGAAUGGGAAAUCUUCAAUCAGACAUUUGUAAAAUUUGCAGCUAUGUUUUAAUAAUUUUCUUUUCUUGCA